AUGGAUGCCAAAACCACCAGGACCCCCACAGGGAGCUUGCAACAGCACUCCGGGGACACCCUCAGGCCGAGGGUCUGCCACAGCUGCGGGGACACCCUCACGCUCAGCUCCUGCACGCCCAGCGGCUCCCGCACGCCCAGGGGCUGCCGCAGCUCCGGGAACACCUGCACGCCCAGCGGCUCCCGCACGCCCGGGGGCUGCCGCGGCUCCGGGAACACCUGCAAGCCCAGCGACUCCCGCACGCCCAGGGGCUCCCGCAGCUCCCGGGACACGGGCACGCCCAGGGGCUCCCGCACCUCCGGGGACACCUGCACGCCCAGGGGCUCCCGCACCUCCGGGGACACCCGCAAGCUCAGGGCCCUCCGCGUGCCCAAGAGCGAAGCUGAGAAGGCCGCCAUGCAAAAGCGUGCGGAAGGACGGGCCCUAGUCCCGAUCAAAUUCAGGGACAGCUUCAAGCGUUUUUUCUUCACGCCCACGGGAAUGAUGAAGGUCAUAAGGCUGGGUCUUCUCAUAGGAGCACUAGUUUCUUUCAUCAUUGCCAAAGCCCAUGAGCCGUACAUAGCCAUCACAGUUCUGGAAAUCUGCAUCGUUCUUUUUUUUAUUCUAAUAUAUAUGCUAACCCUUCACCACUUGCUGAUUAAUUUAGAUUGGUCCUUACUUGAUCUUGUCAACAGUUUCAUUACAGCUGUGUUCCUUUUAAUAGUUGCCAUCCUGGCGAUGCAAGAAGUGGAAAGAAGGCAUUUAUUCUAUGUUGGAGGGAUCCAGUGUCUCACAGCGGCAAUCAUGUGUAUCCUGGAUGCGAUUGUGGUCACCAAGAAGAUGAGGGAUAAAAUGAGAAGACUCCUGGGACUCGAAUAUGAAAGCAGUUCCUCCUUGCUCCUGGAACCCAAGAAGACACCUGAGCCAGGACCCACUCCGACACCCGGGAAAGCAGGCACGCCGGCAGCGGAGCAAGCACCCACGCCGGCAGCGGGGAAAGCAGGCACGCCGGCAGCGGGGAAAGCAGGCACGCCGGCAGCGGGGAAAGCAGGCACGCCCGCAGCCGGGAAAGCAGCACCCGCAGCAGCACCCGCGAAGGCACCGGCGAAGACACCUGCAAAAGCACCCGCGCGGGCAGCUGGAAAGGCACCCACGCCCGCAGCGGGAAAGGCACCCACGCCCGCAGCGGGAAAGGCACCCACGCCGGCCCCCGCCGCAGACUCCAGGCGUGCAUCCACCCAGGCAUCCUCAAAGGCAUCCUCGAAGCCAUCCACGAUGCCAUCCUCACGGGCAUCCUCGCUGCCACCCUCGCGGACAUAA